CCCCCCACCCCCCCAACUUAGGUAUAUAAUUCAAUGCCAACAGUUCUCUUUUUUCAACACUUUAAGCAUGUCACUCCACGGGGGCGCUGUCUGGAGACUUGCAUAAGUCUCAUCCUCCAGGACCACAGGGCAGGCGGGACAGCCCCUAGGGUCACCGCACGGCUUAAGCUUCCUUUGGAGGAGACAAAGACCCGGGACAGUUCCGUGGCGAGGCCGAGGGAGGUGGGACGAUAGGGCAGGGAGGCCCGAGGUGUCCCUGCCCUUUAGGAUCGUCCCAACCUUUGGACCCAUUCACGCUUGGGGACGUUGAGGAGCGCUGAAAUCGCAAAGACGCGAGUCACGGACAAGAAGCCACAGCCAUUUCGCCGCUUGUUCCGCGCAACUGCAGAGCGCGUGGGCGGUGUCGGGCACCGUCGGCCGCGCCCUCAGCUCCACCCCCCUGUGGGCGGGGCCCGAGCCUGUCCCUAAAGCCAUGCGACUGCACGCUCCGGGGCUGGAGCUGUCGACUGCUGCGCGCCGCGCCCGGGUUGUCGCCGUCUCCCGUUGCCACCGUCAUGUCCCAGCAGCUGUCCCGGGCCAGGCCCGCCAUGGUGCUGGGCGCCAUGGAGAUGGGGCGCCGCAUGGACGCGCCCACCAGUGCCGCAGCCACGCGCGCCUUCCGGGAGCGCGGCUACACCGAGAUAGAUACGGCCUUCGCCUACGGCGACGGCCAGUCCGAGACCAUCCUGGGCGGCCUGGGGCUUGGGCUGGGCGUCGGCGACUGCAGAGUGAAAAUUCAUACCAAGGCCAAUCCACUGUUUGGGAACUCACUGAAGCCUGACAGUCUCCGGUUCCAGCUGGAGACAUCACUGAAGCGGCUGCAGUGUCCCCGAGUGGACCUUUUCUACCUGCACCUGCCAGACCACAGCACCCCGGUGGAAGAGACACUGCGUGCCUGCCACCAGCUGCACCAGGAGGGCAAGUUCGUGGAACUUGGCCUCUCCAACUAUGCUGCCUGGGAAGUGGCCAAGAUCUGUACCCUCUGCAAGAGCAACGGCUGGAUCCUGCCCACUGUGUACCAGGGCAUGUACAACGCCACCACCCGGCAGGUGGAAAUGGAGCUCUUCCCCUGCCUCAGGCACUUUGGACUGAGGUUCUAUGCCUACAACCCUCUGGCUGGGGGCCUGCUGACCGGGAGGUACAAGUAUGAGGACAAGGACGGGAAACAGCCCCUGGGCCGCUUCUUUGGGACGACAUGGGCAGAGUUGUACAGGAAUCGCUACUGGAAGGAGCACCAAUUCCAGGCCAUUGCCCUGGUGGAGAAGGCCCUGCAGGUGGAGUAUGGCGCCAGCGCCCCCAGCAUGACCUCGGCUGCCCUCCGGUGGAUGUACCACCACUCACAGCUGCAGUAGGCGACUCUGCCUUCCCGGGGCUCCAAACCUUGGUCAGAAGGGGAACCGGUCCAUUUACUCUGCGCCGAGUGCUGCCGCGCUGAGGUGCCGCCACAGCCGCUGCACCGGGCUCUGGUGUUGUGCUGGGGGCCCGUGCGGGUCCUCCAAACCUGUUUACUCUGCUCCGAGAGCUGCCGUGCCGAGGUGCCAGCGGAACUGCUGCGCCGGCCACGAGAGUCGUGCUGGUGACCCAUGUGUUUCCUCCACUGGGGAUCUUCUGCUCCGUGAGUGACCAGAAUUUGUCUGAAAGUGUGGCGUCUUCUGGUUCUCUGCGCCUUCACUGAGAGCUGCAAUCCCGGGAUGUUAGCGAUCGGCCCUCUUGGAUCGUUCUCGAAAUUAAACAAAUGUACAAGAAGAAAACAAACAACCCUAUCAAAAAGCAGGCGAAGGAUAUGAACAGGCACUUCUCAAAAGAGGACAUCUAUACAGCCAGCAAACAUAUGAAAAAAAGCUCAUCAGUACACACUGUGGAAGAUAGUAUGGUGAUUCCUCAAGGAUCUAGAACUAGAAAUACCAUUUGACCCGGCAAUCCCAUUACUGGGUAUAUAUCCAAAGGAUAGUUAUUCUACUAUGAAGACACAUGCACAUGUAUGUUCAUUGUGGUACAGUUCACAAUAGCAAAGACUUGGAACCAAACCACAUGCCCAUCAAUGUUAGACUGGAUAAGGAAAAUGUGGCAUACGUACACCAUGGAAUACUAUGCAGCUGUAAAAACAGAUGAGUUCAUGUCUUUUGCAGUGUCAUGGAUGAUGUUGGAAACUGUCAUCCUCAGCAAACUAACACAAGAACAGAAAACCAAACACUGCCUAUUCUCGCUUGUAAGUGGGAGUUGAACAGUGAGAACACAUAGACACAGGGAGAGGAACAUCACACACUGGGGCCUGUCAGGGGUGAGGGGACGGAUAGCAUUAGGAGAAAUACAUCAUGUAAAUGACGGAUUGAUGGGUGCAGCAAACCACCAUGGCACGUGUAUAGCUAUGUAACAAACCUGUACAUUCUGCACAUGUACUGCAGAACAAGUAUGUAAAAUAAGAAAAUAUAAAAUAGAGAAGAGGA